UACCCUUAGAAAAAUCCUAAUGGAAAUUUCAAGAGGAGAAGGUUUUCUAUGUUUUGUGACGUUGUUCUUGUUUUUGUGUUCUACUAAUUCUUUGCUUUCUCCUAAAGGAAUUAACUUUGAAGUUCAAGCUUUGAUGAGUAUAAAAGCUUCAUUAAUGGAUCCUCAUGGAAUUCUAGAGAAUUGGGAUGGUGAUCCUGUUGAUCCAUGUAGUUGGAAUAUGGUUACUUGUUCUACUGAGAAUCUUGUUAUUAGUUUGGGAAUUCCUAGUCAGAAUUUAUCUGGUACAUUAUCACCAAGUAUUGGAAAGUUAACAAAUCUUCAAACUAUUAUGUUACAGAAUAACAACAUAACUGGACCAAUCAGUUCAGAGCUAGGAAAACUUUCCAUGCUUCAAACACUUGAUCUUUCUGAUAACUUCUUCAAUGGAAAGAUUCCUACUUCUCUUGGUCAUCUGAGAAAGCUUCAAUACUUGAGGCUUAAUAAUAACAGUUUUUCUGGUGAAUGUCCCGAGUCGUUGGCGAACAUGGCGCAACUUACUUUUUUUGAUUUGUCAUUCAACAAUCUUAGUGGCAGUGUGCCUAGAAUCUUGGCCAAAUCAUUCAGUAUUGUUGGAAACCCUCUGGUCUGUGCUACAGCAAAAGAAACAAACUGUCAUGGGAUGAAACUCAUGCCUAUGUCAAUGAACUUAAACAAUACUAACGCUCACAAAAGGGGUCAUUGCGUUUGCAACAAAAACAUAUUAGGAAAAGGCGGCUUCGGCAUUGUCUACAAAGGAAUUCUUUCGGACGGUACGCUUGUCGUUGUAAAGAGGCUUAAAGAUGGAAAUGCCUCCUUGGAAGAAGUUGUGAUGGCCUUGAAAUACGGAGGAUAUAUCUUCAACAAUCUCCACACUGAAAUUAAUACAAGGCACAUUUAUAUGACAAGCAAAAUGGUUGAAAAGUACUCUGGUUUGCAGUUACAACCACACAAGGCUUUUGUGGGGGCUAAUGAUUUUGCUCAUGAAAGUGGCAUACCUCAGGAUGGAAUGCUUACAUUGCACUAG